CGGCCGGAAUCAUCACACUAACCCGUGGAAGCCGUAACGUACGACAAAAAAAGAUACGGUGUUUACUGCAAGGUCACGGUUCAUACAUUUAUAUAUUACUGAUUUGAGAGUCGAUCAGUUUAUUAUUGACCUCUGCGGGAGCGCGCGCGUUAUGGUCCAAAAAAUAUUAAUUAUCGCAUUUUUCGCUACCUGCCAUGGGCAGCUCGCUGACUUACUGUUCCCUCGUGUGGCCAACACCGUUAGGCAGACGGCGGACUCGUUGACAAAUAAUCCAGUGGCGAGCCAAGCUACCAACUUCGCCGGAGGCCUGCUGACGGACACCUUCAAUCGCUUCACAAACGUACCAAUCACCAUCGCGCGGUCUCUAACCGGCGGAGACGGUAUCAACGGCGUCCCCGGCCUAAUCAACGACAACAACUUGGUAGCCUUAAGCGAUAGUUUCCUCUCCGAGUUCAACUUUGGCCUAGGGAACGAGGACUGCAAUCUUAACUGCGGCCAGCUCAUCACCAAAUACGGACAUUCAGUUGAGACGCACGAUGUUUUCACCGAAGAUGGUUAUAUAUUGAAGAUGUUUAGGAUACCCAGCGACGGACCAGUUGUGUAUCUUCAACAUGGGUUAUUAGGAAGUGCAGAUGACUAUAUAGUGGCCGGACCGGACAGUGGAAUAGCGUAUCUCCUAGCAAAAGAGGGCUACGAUGUCUGGUUGGGAAACACGCGCGGCUGCAAGCACUCGCGGCGUCAUAUCGAGAUGAGCCCCUCUCAAGGCGCUUUCUGGGACUUCUCUUGGCACGAAGUUGGCUAUUACGAUCUACCCGCUAUGAUCAACUACGCUCUAAAUACUACAGGAAAGGAAAAGCUAAAAUACAUCGGCCAUUCCCAAGGGACCACUGCAUUCUGGGUGAUGGGAUCAGAACGGCCCGAAUACAUGGAAAAGAUUGCAUUAAUGGUUGCCCUAUCACCCGUCGCUUUUAUGUCCCACAUAAAGAGUCCUAUCAUAAGAUUCUUAGCUCCCACAGGAGGUAUAAUUCACGCAUUUGCAAAGUCAAUUGGUCUUUAUGAAUUGGCCCCGGAUAAUGCGUUGAUGAGAAUAUUUAAAAGAAUAGCGUGCGGCGCAGGGCCGUUUGCGGAAAUAAUGUGCACUAAUCUUUUGUUCUUAGUGGCUGGUUACAACGUGGAACAGCUGAAUGUCACGAAUCUGCCUGUGAUCUUCAGCCACGCGCCAUCAGGUGCGUCAACAAAGCAGUUCGCGCAUUAUGGACAAGAAGUGAUCUCUGGGAGAUUUAGGAAGUUCGACUACGGUUCGGCCGAGAACCAGGUGCGGUACGGGUCAAGCGACCCGCCCGACUAUGACCUGUCUCGAGUGACAGCUCCCGUGUCGCUCGUGUACAGCGACGCCGACUGGCUAAGUGACGCACGCGACGUCGACAUGUUGUACAACCUGUUGCCCAACGCCAUCGACAUACACAAGGUGCCGUCGAGAAACUUUAACCAUUUGGACUUUGUGUUCGCGAAGGAUGUGAAAUAUUUGAUUUUUGAGAGACUGAGUAAACUGUUAGCGCGUUUUUAAAUAUUAAUGAAAGUGAUUGCUAAUUAAUUCAUUCAUGUUUAGUAUGAUCUUGAAGUGGCUUGACCGUGACUGAGGUCAGCUGCAUACUUUAUAUAAAAUGGCAAAUAGCCGUUGUAGACUGUGAGUUCGUCUCUAGAACACCAUGUGGUAUAUCUCAAACACGUAACAUCUUUGCGUGUUGCGUGCUUGGAUAUCUAACUUAUACGGUCUGAAAGAGGCGAUUUGCUAGGUCAAGUCAAGUGUUGUGGUGUGAAUAAUUGGCCAGACAGCAGGUACAGUCAGCUAAAUAUUUUACUAGACUAAAAAAUUGUAAAACAAUGGAAUGGAUGGUACCUAUUACAUAAUAUACCAUUACAAUAGUCCAUUGUCAAUUUGUCACUGUAUCUUAGACUUAUUUACCUGUGCGACGAUUUAACGUACCAAGAGGAGAAAUAGGUAUUAUUUUAAGGAGUGUAUAAGUCAUUAUUUUUUGUAAAUUCGUUAUAAUUAAAUUUUUCAGUAUUGUAGAAAUACAAAUAUAUUUUGUUGUA